CAAUUAAUUCAGGACUUUCCUGGAAGUCUUUAACAAAUGCAAAUGAGUAGGACUUUCCCUGGUGAGGCAUUCUCAGAGUCUAGAUUAAUUCCCCAUAAGUAGCCAAAGCUUUGCUCAAAUCAAAUGCCAACCUCUCUGACAAAUUAAUCGUUUGUUUCUGAAGCAAAACAAAUAUGUCUCACAACAUCAUUCAAGUGGUUACUGGAGAAAAUGGCAGAAAGAAAAUGAAAUGUGAGAUAAGUCAAUGCAGCAAGAUUCAAGGCACUGCUAUUGUUUUGAUCAAGAAGAAUGUUUUGAACAUUCUUCAUGAUUUCUUUGAUAAGCUGACGGGUAAAACAGUCUCCCUGCAGCUCAUUAGUGCCAUUAAUUGUGAUCCUGAAGAUGGGCAGAGAGGGAAAAUAGGGCGUCCAGCUUACUUGGAAAAGCGCAAUACUACUAUGUCUACUCCACUUAAAGAAGGUGAAGUGCAAUUCCAGAUUACCUUUGAUUGGGAAGAGGAAAUUGGAGUUCCAGGGGCAUUUACUGUAAGAAAUGAUCACCAUGAUGAAUUCUACCUCAAGACUCUCACACUUGAACAUGUCCCUGGUCAUGGCUCCAUCCACUUUGAUUGCAACUCGUGGGUUUACCCUGCCAAAUUUUACAAAAAAGAUCGUGUCUUCUUCUCUAACAUGACAUACCUUCCCUAUAAGACUCCAAUGCCAUUGCGAAAGUACAGAGAAGAAGAACUAGAGAUUUUAAGAGGAGAUGGAAAAGGAGAGCUCCAGGAAGCUGACAGGGUCUAUGACUAUGCUUAUUACAAUGACCUUGGAGAUCAGAAACAUGCUCGUCCAGUUCUAGGAGGGUCUACUGAUCACCCUUAUCCUCGCAGAGUGAGAACAGGCAGGGGACCAGUGGAUUCAGAUCCUUGCAAUGAGAGCAGGCUACCUCUUCCUGAGAGCUUAAGCAUUUAUGUGCCAAGGGAUGAACGAUUUAGUCCCUCCAAGAACAAAGACUUCCUUGUUAAUUCAUUGAAAUCUAUACGUCAAUUGAUUGGACCUGAGCUAAAAUCUCUAUUUGAUAGAGAGUUUGACUCCUACAAAGAUGUGUUAACUAUCUAUGAAGAAGGAAUUAAGCUACCUGACGGUCCUUUGCACAUCAGCAAAGGAAAAAACAUUACCCUGGAAAUACUUAAUGUGAUAUUUGGAAGCGAUAGGAAAUUUCCUAUGCCUCAAGUGAUUCAAGUGAAUGAGUUAGCUUGGAGUUCUGAUGAGGAAUUUGCUAGAGAACUGCUUGCUGGUGUAAAUCCUGUUAGCAUUCGUUGUCUUGAGGAAUUCCCUCCAAAAAGCAAGCUAAACUAUAAACAAUUUGGCGAUCAGAACAGUUCAAUAACAAAAGAACAUAUAGAGAAUAAAUUACAUGGAAUGAGUUUAGAUGAGGCAAUAGAGAAGAACAAGUUAUUCAUAUUGGAUUACCAUGAUGUGCUGAUGCCAUACCUGAGGCUGAUAAAUGAGGAAACUUCCACAAAGAUUUAUGCAUCAAGAACACUCCUUUUCUUGAAAGAAGAUGGAACCCUGAAGCCACUUGCAAUUGAAUUAAGUUUGCCUCAUCCUGAGGGAGAUCAAUUUGGAGCAGUAAGCAAUGUAUACACACCUGCUGAACAUGGAAUUGAAGGCUCCAUCUGGAAACUGGCUAAAGCUUAUGUGGCUGUAAAUGACUCAGGAUGUCAUCAGCUGAUUAGUCACUGGUUGAACACGCAUGCAGUGAUUGAACCAUUUGUGAUUGCAACAAAUAGGCAGCUAAGUGUUCUGCAUCCUGUUUACAAGCUUUUGCAUCCUCAUUUCCGCGACACGCUGUACAUAAAUGCACUAGCUAGGCAGGUACUCAUUAAUGCUGAAGGAGUACUGGAGGCUACUGUUUUUCCUGGAAAAUAUUCCAUGGAGAUGUCUUCUGCAAUUUACAAAGAUUGGAUUUUCACCGAUCAAGCACUGCCUGAGGAUCUCAAGAAGAGAGGAAUGGCAAUUGAGGAUGAGAAUUCACCCAAUGGUCUUCGCCUGAUGAUAGAAGACUACCCAUUUGCUGUUGAUGGGCUUGAGAUAUGGUCAGCAAUCAAGAAAUUGGUUAAACAAUACUGUUCCUUCUAUUACAAGACAAAUGACAUGGUUAGACAGGACUCUGAACUGCAAUCCUGGUGGAAGGAAAUCCAAGAGAAGGGUCAUGGUGACAAGAAAGGUGAACUAUGGUGGCCCAGGAUGCAAACUUUUGAUGAGCUAAUUGAAACAUGCACUAUCAUCAUAUGGAUAGCUUCUGCCCUUCAUGCAGCCAUCAAUUUUGGACAAUAUCCUUAUGGAGGUUACCUCCCCAACCGCCCAACCAUAAGUCGCAGGUUGAUGCCUGAAAAAGGUUCUGCUGAGUACAGGGAGCUUGAGACCAAUUUUGAAGAGGCUUUCUUCAAAACCAUCACUGCCAAGCCACAGGCACUUCUUGGUAUUUCCCUUGUAGAAAUCUUGUCAAUGCAUUCACCAGAUGAGGAAUAUCUUGGGCAGCGAGCCCCUGGAUGGACUUCAGAUACAGAACCAUUGCAAGCAUUUAAGAAAUUUCAGGAGACACUGGAAGGAAUUGGGAAAAGAAUCUCGGACAGGAACAUAGAUACAAAAUUGAAGAACCGUAUUGGACCUGUCAAUAUGCCAUACACUCUCCUCUUUCCAACAAGCGAAGAAGGACUUACAGGAAAGGGCAUCCCCAACAGUAUUUCUAUUUAAAGCUACUCUGCAAGGCUUCUUGUUUUUACUGUUGCUUUAGUUUACCAUUAGAUGUUCUUCACAAUGUGGAUUAAUAAUGAAAUGAAUAAUUGUUUAGCCACCUAAUCAAUUGGUCAUCCUUAUUUUGAUUGA